UUGUGGCUGACCUGCAGAACAACGAGCUGCUGAGGCGCAGCUGAGAUUUUCACUUUCAUUUCAGCUCCAGCGAGUCGAAGCAGAGACAAGUGUUUGAGACUGAUCGAGGAAAGAUUGUGUUGAUGGAUCUGAAGGAGGGGACUCGACAAUGCAGACAAUGCCACAAACCAGUUGCAGAGACUAACUUCGCUCUGCAUGAAACUCACUGCAGACGCUUCCUGUGCGUCUGUCCCAACUGUGGUGAUGCGGUUCCUCGAGAGCAGCUGGACCAGCACAGAGAGGAGCAGCACACACAGGUGAGAUGCUCGAAGUGCAACCAGAGGAUGGAGCGUUGUCAGCUGUUAGAUCAUGAGUCUGACGAGUGUGGCGAGCGCAUGCAGAGCUGUCACUUCUGCGAGCUGGAGAUGCCGUUCAAGAAGCUGGACGAACACGCCGUGGUCUGCGGGAGCCGCACCGAGCGCUGCAGCGACUGCGGCCGCUACGUGACCCUGAGGGACCAGCCCGAGCACGCUUUGACCUGCUCGGACGACGCCAACACGUCUGGUCCCCCUCAAACUACCAGAACACUACCACCAAACAAAGUGGAAGGUCGAGCUUCAUCGCCAGCAGAGGAAGACGAGCAGCUGGAGCGCAUUCUUUCAGCCAGCUCUGAGCACAAAGAGGCGGAGUCAGAGGAAGACGAGGAAGAGAGCGAGGCCUCUCCUCGACUGAGCAGCACCUACAGAGCGAUCUCGCUGUCAAACGGACCGAGAAAUGGUCCUGGAGGAGACCCAGACCAGAUCAGCACCUGCCCCCACUGUCACCUGGCUCUGCCCGUCCCCACUCUUCGCUGGCACCAGGUGAAGUGCAGGAACCACGCCCUCUUCAGGUAAAGAGAGAGAGCGCCACGCGGUGGAUCAGCGUCCUCAAACUGAUGGAAGACGAGACUAAGAACUGUUCGACCGUUUGAUUAUAAUCAGAAUCCUGGUUUUUAUUUGUGUCUAAAUGAGGUUCACGUGGUUUCACGUGUUUGAAAGAAUCAUUUGAUGUACCCAACCUUUGCUCAACGACUCCACGUCUUCAUUCGUCGACCAGUUUCCUCUGACAUCAAGCUGAAGGCGGAAAGUUCAAAUCCUGUUAUGAUGUCUUCACUGUUACAUUCAUCAUGUCGCUGCUGUAACGAUCAGGAACUGACUAACCAAUCAGAGAGCAUGUGAAGAGACCAAUAAAAAAUGUUUUACAACACAAGAGUCUCGUCAUUCGACCAUUUCCACUCUGACGUGACCUUAUUAGGAAGGCUGUAGCUUAAAGUGCAUAGAAAUGUGUUGAUGCUAACAUUAGCCAUCAUGAUUAGCGUGUCAUACCUUUGAUCAGUUCUGUUGUCAAACCUUCGCUAACACGAUGCAUCGUCUCUCCAGCUGCUGAUCAACGAGGAGGAGAACUUUAAAGAUGAUUUUAUGACGA